AUCACUAAGCCACUAUCACCAACAACUGUCCUUCUCAGAACUACUCUCACCCGAACGAUCACAGUACACCAUCAAAAUCAGUCAAACAAGAACAGUUUACAGUAGCCAACAUUUGCCUUUCUGAGAAAAAACUCUCUGUUGCUGGCUUUGAGAAAAAUGCUGAACACCACUGAUGAACAUACAAACUCCUCAUUUGAAGUCAGUUAUCCGGCGUCACUCGUGGGGAUGUCUGCAGCAUUCGCAUCCUUGAACACUUUUCUCUCCAUCACCGCGACACUUGGCAAUGUUCUCAUCCUAAUUGCUCUUAACAAAGUGACUUCGAUUUGUCCUCCGACGAAACUUUUGUUUCGAUGUCUGGCGGUCACCGAUCUUUGUGUUGGACUGAUAACACAACCGCUGUUUACAGUAACGCUUCUUACCAGCUUCAACUACGAUGAAUAUGUUGAAGACAUACAGGUGAUCUCAUCUAUGGUUCUUUGUGGUAUCUCCCUCUUGACAUCAACUGCGAUAAGUGUGGACAGACUUCUUGCGUUGUCGUUGGGUCUGAGGUAUAGAUACGUUGUUACAUUAAGGCGGGUGCGAGCGCUUAUUAUCUCCUUUUGGUUUCUAGUUGGUGCUUCGUUUGGGUGUCUCCUCAUUUCAGGAAUUCACUUUUUUGUAUUUGGUGUUGUGAUGCUUAUUUCUCUUCUUAUCUCGGCCAUCUCUUACGCUAAGAUCUAUUUCCGUCUCCGUCACCAACUGCUUCAUGUACAAGGCCAUGUUCACCAACGACAACAACUUCCUCCCAAUGGCGUAGUACCGACUGCAUUGAAUGUAGCGCGAUACAAGAAAACAGUUUCCGCCAUAACAUGGGUACAGCUUGGAUUAUUUGCUUGCUACUCUCCUUUUUGUAUUACUUUAGUUUCACCCCAUUUUGUAGAGUUUUUGGACGAUAAUAUAUUUUACUUUUUCCUUUGUUUACUAUUCUUAAACUCAUCUCUGAACCCCAUUCUUUACUGCUGGAAAAUCAGGGAGGUGAAACAGGCUGUAAAGGACACAAUUAGACAGUUAAACUGUUGUUGUGAGCUAAAUUGAACCUUUGUGUUAUGAAAAACAAUGUAAAACUCUGUGGAAAGAAAAAAACGGCUGGACUUAAAUACAAGUUAUAUUCCGACUACUGAAUUGCCACAUGAUCAAGAGAGGAUCUCUGUAUCAAGGUGACAGUUGUUUUUCCCCUGGUCUACAAAGAGUGGCUCUAUACGUUGGGUGACAACAUCUUCCUAAAUGAUUUUGAUGUUGUGUUAAGGAAUAUUUGCUGCCACCAUAGGGUGCGACUGAGCCACAGGCUCUCCUACAAUCGGCGGGACCAAAACAGCUAAAACGGAACCUACACCAAACUGUUUUCUAGUUCAAACAGGUAUAGAUACUGAACACCGCUGUACUCUGUUGUUCACCGGCUACUGAGCAAAGCUGCAAAGCCAACGAGUUUG